AUGCUCUGCUUGGCUGUUGCCAAAGAUCCUGACCUCGCCCUUUUCAGAAUGAUGCGAACCAUCAGUGAGAAGGCGGAGGAAGAGCAUCAUCCAGCGCAGGAAGAGUCCAAAGCAGCGGAACUCAUGGGGGAGGCCUCCAAGGAUUCUGAAGGGGGGCAGCUGAGCACUGAGGGCUGGGCCAAAAACUCCCCUCUCCCCCCGCCUUCGUCACCUCUGCCACCUCCAAACCCCAACGUCUGCCAGGAAUGUGGCAAAGCCUUCAGCCACAAAUCUGCCUUGGUGAAGCACCAGAAGAUCCACACCGGUGAGAAGCCUUAUGAGUGCAAGGAAUGUGGGAAGAGCUUCAUUCAGCGGUCGGACCUGACUAUCCACCAGAGAACUCACACAGGGGAAAGGCCGUAUCGCUGCCCCGACUGCGGGAAGAGCUUCAGCGUCAGCUCCACUUUGCUGACCCACCAGCGGAUCCAUGCACAUGGAGGCGAGAAACGGAACUGCUGCCCCGACUGUGGGAAAUGCUUCAGCGACCUGGUGGCGCUGGAGCGGCACCGCAAAAGCCACACUGGGGAGAAACCCCACGAGUGCCGGGACUGUGGGAAAAGCUUUGCCUGGAGCUCCCAUCUGGAGAGGCACCGGCGGAUCCAUACAGGCGAGAAACCUUACAAAUGCCCUGAGUGCGGCCGGGCGUUUGCGUGGAGCUCCCACUUGGACCGUCACAUGCGCACCCACGCCAAAGAGCGGCCCCAUUGGUGCGCGCUGUGUGGAAAGCGCUUCAGCCAGAGCUCCAACCUGCUCAAGCACCAGCGCGUCCACACGGGAGAGAAGCCGUACCAGUGCUCGGAGUGCGGGCGGCGGUUCAGCUGGUGCUCCGCCCUCCUUAAGCACCAGCGCACCCACAGCAAGGACAGGCCGUACCCCUGCCCGCCUCACCAGUGUCCCGACUGUGAUAAAAGUUUCGGGUGGAGCUCCCACCUGGAGCGACACCGGCGGAGCCACACGGGAGAAAAGCCCUACGAGUGCGGGGACUGCGGCCGGGGUUUCACCAUGGGGUCCCACUUGGAAAGGCACCGGCAGAUCCACACCAGGGCCCGCCCCCACGGCUGCCGGGAGUGCAGCAAGAGCUUUGCUUUAGGGGCCACGCUGGCCACCCAUCGGCGUCUCCAUGAGGCUGAGGCCAAGCCUCACCGAUGCCCCGAAUGCGGGAGAGGGUUCAGUGCCGCCACCGUGCUGGAACGCCACCGCCGGCUGCAUCGUGGCGAGAAGCCCUACCAGUGCAGCGUCUGCAGCAAGGGCUUUGCCUGGAGCUCGCACUUCGACCGCCACCGGCUCUCGCAUACCGGAGAGAAGCCUUUCCCCUGUGCCCACUGCGGGAAGUGUUUCGGACGCAGCUCCCAUCGCAACCGGCACCAGCGUUCCCACGCCCUCCCUGAAGGCCAAGGCCAGCCACAGGGCAACCCCGAGGAUGCUUUACUGACACCAGCAGUGGCCAACUGGUGGGAGGGGGAAGACGACGGGAGACCCCCACCGGAGCAGCAGGAAGCCUGGCCCGUCACACUGGACCCAGCAGCCCCUUUCCAGUGGAUGGCCAAGGAGCCCCCGACUGACUUGCUGGGACAAGAGCGCCUGGCGGAUCUGGGCCCGGCAGGUGCGGCAUCGCAGCAGGCUGUGCAGGGCUGGUUUUGA